AUGUCUCCCUACCCCUCGCAAGGCAACCGCGGUCAUUCUAGAACAUCUCCCUACCCCUCGCAAGGCAACCCCGGUCAUUCUAGAACAUCUCCCUACCCCUCGCAAGGCAACCCGGUCAUUCUAGAACGUCUCCCCACCCCUCGCAAGGCAACCCCGGUCAUUCUAGAACGUCUCCCUACCCCUACCCCGGUCAUUCUAGAACGUCUCCCUACCCCUCGCAAGGCAACCCCGGUCAUUCUAGAACAUCUCCCUACCCCUCGCAAGGCAACCCCGGUCAUUCUAGAACAUCCCCCUACCCCUCGCAGGGCAACCGCGGUCAUUCUAGAACAUCUCCCUACCCCUCGCAAGGCAACCGCGGUCAUUCUAGAACGUCUCCCUACCCCUCGCAAGGCAACCCCGGUCAUUCUAGAACGUCUCCCUACCCCUCGCAAGGCAACCCCGGUCAUUCUAGAAUGUCUCCCUACCCCUCGCAAGGCAACCGCGGUCAUUCUAGAACAUCUCCCUACCCCUCGCAAGGCAACCCCGGUCAUUCUAGAACAUCUCCCUACCCCUCGCAAGGCAACCCCGGUCAUUCUAGAACGUCUCCCCACCCCUCGCAAGGCAACCCCGGUCAUUCUAGAACAUCUCCCUACCCCUCGCAAGGCAACCCCGGUCAUUCUAGAACGUCUCCCUACCCCUCGCAAGGCAACCCCACCGAGAGGUUUAACAGGACAUUAA